AUGGCGAACUCGGAACAGCUGCGUAAGAAGCGUGGUGCACUCAGGGCUGGCGUCACGCCAGCCCUAACACAGUUAACGGACCUGCUACAGCAAACGGAUCCCGACCACUCGGAAGUUAGCGUGCAAGUUGACUACCUCAAGGACAGGGAAUCAGCGUUAUCGACGCUGGACGACGCAAUUCUUGCAUUAACAGAUGAAGAGAACCUUGACCGCGAAGUUGAAACGGCACAGGAUUACAGCGACAAGAUCAGCUACGCUAUAGCGCGCGCCAAGUACUGGCUCCAAGAACGUCAACAGGCUACCAGGACACAUGCUCAAGCUUCUGGAUCCGGAUCAAGCAAAUUAGAGCUUCCGAAUUCCGUCGACGCUCCGGACCAGGUGAGAGAGCAGCGUCAGCGAUCGGUUGUGCUGCCUAGACUACAGAUACCUACGUUCGACGGCAACCUGCGUGAAUGGCAGCCCUUUUGGGACCAUUACGACGCCACGAUCCACCAGAAUGACGAAUUACCGCGCAUCGAAAAGUUUAAGUAUUUACUCACGUACUUGACCGGCAGCGCGAAGCGGUCCAUCGAAGGCAUCCGGUUAGCCGAACAGAACUACGACCUCGCAAUUAAAACGCUUACGGAUCGGUUCGGACGGCGAGAUCUUCUGAUUAAUGAACACGUCGAUCAUCUUUUGGCGUUAAUUCCCGUGAAGAGCUCAUCAGAUGUUGCCAAACUUCGUACACUCCACGACAACGUGCAGUUCCGAGUGAGCGCAUUAGAAGGCCUUGGAGUAUCACCGGAUCAGUACAUCGUGGUGUUGAAUCGCGUCAUGAUGCGCUGCUUGCCAGACGACCUGGCUAUUAUGCAUCGACAAAAGACAAAAGAAGAUGACCGCGCAACGAGUGGUACUGAGACCCCGGAAGACCGAAUGCGUCGAGCGAAGGACCUUCUAACCUUCCUUCGCAUCCAAGUAUAA